CAGCUGUUUCGGCAAAUUGAGUUUACUCUACCAACAACACAAAGCAUUUCCAUUCUACCGAACGAAUUGGCGAAAAUAAUCAAUAACAAAUGAUAGAUUUGUGUUUAAAAGUGCAUCAAAAAUGAAUCGCAGCAAAAUUUCCUUCGGGAAAAUAAAUCUUAAUCCCAACAAGCCGGCUGAACCAGUAAAAAUGGUGACAGCGACUGAGGAUGAAGCCUCGACUUCGGUGACCAAAGCAAUGGUAGGAGGUUUCAAGAAAAUGGGUAAAGAGCAGCUUAUUCGACAAGUAGAAGAGGUAACAGAUGAUAUGGAAAGCCAACAUCUCAAAGAAGUUAUGGGCAUAAGCGGCUUUGGACGUAAAACCGCAAAAGUUUUCGAUAUAAACGAACAAAUUGCUAAAGCACGUGAAGUAGCGCCACCAAAACCAUCGCGCACUGAUAAUGAUGAACGAAGAGAAACGGGUGAGGAUGAUUCCGAUGAAGAACCAAUAUUUGGCCCCUUACCUACCGACGCAGUGGGUGCUGAGAUGGAGGCAAAGAACUCGGCAAUUGCCAAGACUAAGAAAACUAACGCAGAUAGUGAUGAUGGUGACGAUGACGACACCGAUGAGGACGACGAAGAUGAUGAUGACGACAACCACUUGGAGCGCAAAAUACCGAAUACACAUGAAGUGCAAAUGCGGCACGGUUCACGUGCUGUGCUCGCUCUAGCCGGCGAUCCUGCAGGCGCACGCCUUGUUUCCGGCUCUAUCGAUUACGAUAUGUGCUUUUGGGAUUUUGCUGGCAUGGACUCGGCCAUGCGCAGUUUUCGAACCAUACAACCCUGUGAGAAUCAUACUUUACGCGCACUACAUUACUCCGUUACAGGCGAUAUGAUACUCGUAGUGUCUGGUAACUCUCAAGCGAAAAUACUAGAUCGUGAUGGGUUCGAAAAAAUGGAAUGUGUCAAAGGUGAUCAAUAUAUAAGCGAUAUGUCGCGCACCAAGGGCCACACAGCACAACUUACCUCUGGUUGUUGGCAUCCUUACACACGGGAGGAAUUUCUUACCGCCGCACUCGAUGGCACGCUUCGUGUUUGGCAUGGACUGAAGUCGAAAGAGCAGAAGACCGUAAUCAAAACCCGCGCACAGGGCGGCUUGCGUACCAACGCCUCGGCAUGUGCAUUUAACCGCGACGCCACAUUAAUAGCCGCUGGUUGCGUUGACGGUUCUCUGCAGAUGUGGGACACACGCAAAAUGUUCGUUAAUACGACACACUGCUUGCGUGGUGCGCAUCAAAAAGAUGCCGAAAUUAGCUCAAUUCAAUUCUCCUACUUGGGCACUCAACUGGCAACACGUUCCAAUGAUGAGACCAUGAAGCUGUGGGAUUUGCGAAAGUUCAAAGAGCCCUUGCAUGCAUGGACUGAUCUGUUUUCACGUUAUGACACCACCGACUGUUGCUUCAGUCCAGAUGAUAAAAUGCUGGUGACUGGCGAGUCUUUACCCAAAGGUGCCAAGGAGGCACACCUGCAUUUCUAUAGCACACAAACGUUUGAAGAAGUGAAACGUAUCAGUGUCACCGACUCACAUGUCAUAAAAGCACUAUGGCAUCCGAAGUUGAAUCAGAUAUUUGUCGGUUGUGGUAAUGGUGUCAUCAAGUGCUACUACGAUGAACUACUCAGUUCACGUGGCGCCAAAUUGUGCGUUGUGAAGACGCACCGCAAAAAGAAGCACACGGAAAUGAUUGGUGUUUCACAGAUCAUCACACCACAUGCUUUACCAAUGUUUAGGCAGGAAAAAUCGAAGUCAUCACGCAAGAAGAUGGAGAAAGAGCGCCUAGAUCCGGUGAAAUCGCGGCGUCCAGAUUUGCCAAUCACCAGCGGUCAAGGCGGCCGUGUAGCUAGCUCAGGUGGCACACUCUCCUCAUAUGUCAUAAGGAAUUUGGGCUUAAGCAAGCGCGUUGAUGACGACCAAGAUCCCCGUGAGGCGAUUUUGAAAUAUGCUAAAGAAGCGGAGGAGAAUCCUUAUUGGAUAGCGCCGGCAUACAAAAAGACUCAGCCAAAACCGAUAUUUACAGAUUCCAGUGGGGAACCAGAUGCCAAGAAAGCCAAAGAGGAGUAAUUAAGUUUGCGCGAGGUGUACGUUAGCAUGUAAAUUGUGGUUUAGUACGAAAAUAAUUAUUGAGAGUGACCAACGUAA